CCCAUGUACAUAGAUACUAAUUCCCAACCACUCUCAUGUACGCCUUCCUCAUGCUCAAUACUGUUCGAGCUUCUCUUUCUUCCCCUAAAAAUUCCAGUUUCAGAUUUGAGUGAGCUUCACAUAAACCUUAGUACGGACGGAGUAUUUCAAUUAUCUUCCAGAUUUUAAAGAAGAUGAGAGGCCCUGGGAAUCGUCCCUAUGAGCCAAUGUUGAGGCGUGUGAAGUACGGAGCUACUGAAGUCCGCUCUGCAAUUUGCUGGAUUGGCCGCCGACGGUGGCGCAGUUCUCGUCGAGCGACGACUCCGGCUAGGGUAUUCUCUCCGGAUUCCGCAUCAAGCUGCUACGACGUCAAGGAGAGGGCCUUCUGGUAUGUGGUGAGAGGGAGAAGAAGAUGGUUCUACAAAUCUAAAGCUGAAAUGGGAGAAGAGAAGACGGAAUCCCCAUGUGAGGGCAAGAGAGCAAAGGGAUCAAUUGAAAUCACCAUUGUUGUUCGGUUGAAAACAACAAAGAUGAGUGAAGAGAUUGGUUUCAGGCUUUCCGCUUUGAAAAACGAAGUACUCCUGUAUCAAUUGUACUUGAUGCUUCAGUUUUCACGUAACAUUUGAGAUUUUUCCUUCUUUUGAUAAAAAGGUAAAAUGGUAAAGCCAAAUUUUAUUUCUAUAUUUCCUUGAUCCUUAUGCUGGUCAAAAUUUGCACUUCAAUUCAUGACGGAGGAAGUACUAGUACUCUCUUAUUUAGUGCGGUUAACGAGCAGCCUAAUGAGCUUCCAAACUCGAAUCCCAGCUCAGGUUUAAGUUUGAAAAAUUAAUCGAGUCAAGCUCGAACAUAGUAGUAUUCAAUUGGUUCGAACUCGAGCCUAUCGAACAUCCUGAAAUUAUAAAUAUAAUUUUUAUAUAUGUCAAAAUUUAAAUAUAACUAGUACUGCUUCUUUUCCUUAUUUAAGUUCCUUUAAGUUCCCGCUUUCCUUUUUGGGGUGUCCCAAACAAGUUCACACUUCCUUAUUUGGUAAACAAAUCUACACCAAAACAGUGCAAAACAGUGUCAUAACAGUGCAAACCAGUGCC